AUGGUUUCAUCACAACUCACUCAGCGCAUUCCUCCUGAUUCAUGGGAUUCACAUAUGCACAUCGUCGACGUAGAAAACUACGCCCUCGAUCCUUCAGCAACCUACCGUCCAACUUCACACUCCCUCGAGCAAGCUCUCACAUUUGAGACUAGCGUGGGGCUCCGCAACAUAGUCCUCGUCCAACCAUCCAUCUACGGUCUUAACAACUCCUGUUUACUUGAUGGUCUGCGUGAACUUGGUGCUGGGCGCGGAAGGGGAGUUGUUGCAAUUGACCCCGAGGCCUUUGAUGCACAAGAGCUACGCACAUGGCAUGACCUGGGAGUACGUGGGGUGAGGUUGAACCUCCAGUCGACUGGGGUCGAAUUGGAUGCAGACCAGUUGGAACGCCAGCUAAUGCUGUACGCGGAUGCUGUGAGACCAUUGGGUUGGGUCGUUCAGGUCUACGUCCCCAUGAAGUUGAUUACCCUUCUUGAGUCUAUCGUCCCAAAACUCAAAGUCAAGUUCUGCAUAGAUCACCUCGGACAGCCCCCUCUCAAAGAAUACCAGGGCGUUGCUCCCUAUGAUAUCCCCGGCUUCUCAUCUCUUAUCCGCUUACUCAAAGAUGGCCACACAUACGUCAAGUUGUCAGCGCCAUAUCGUAUGAGCGCAUUGCCCGACAAUAGCGAUGUGGACCCAAUCGCCAAAGAGGUUAUUCGUGUUGCGGGCAACAGCCAUGUAGUUUUUGCGACUGACUGGCCUCAUACCAGGUUCGAGGGACUAGAUAUCAAGCCAUGGAUGGAGAGGGUGCUCAGUUGGUGUGGCGAUGAUGAACAUCUAACAGAGAGGCUGUUUAGAGGAAAUGCCGAGGACUUGUGGGAUGUCAAACGGUUGUGA